AUGACGGAAGCAAACGGAGAGCACCCAAGGCUGAUUCUGCACAAUUUCCUCUCGCCGGAAGAGUGCAAGGAGCUGGAGUUCAUACACAAGAGUUGCAGUACGAUUGGAUACAGACCCAACGUCUUCUCCACCACUCUCUCUCACCUCAUCGCCACCAAUUCUCCUCACUUAAUCAUCCCUUUCGUCUCCAUUCGAGAGAGGUUGAAAGAGAAAAUGGAGGAAGCAUUUGGGUGUGAGUAUGAGCUCUUUAUUGAAUUCACAGGUUUAAUUAGCUGGUGCAGAGGAGCUAGCAUUGGAUGGCACAGUGAUGACAACAGAUCAUAUCUGAAACAAAGAAAUUUCGCGGCAGUGUGUUACUUGAAUAGCUACGAGAAAGACUUCAAAGGAGGGCUUUUUCGGUUUCAGAGUGGAGAGCCAGCAACCAUUGUUCCCUCAGUUGGAGAUGUUAUCAUGUACACAGCUGAUGACCGGAAUAUACAUUCGGUUGAUGAGGUAACAGAUGGAGAAAGAUUGACUCUUGCGAUGUGGUUUAGCCGGGACUCGUCACACGACGAAGAUUCCAAACUUGUUUCUCGUCUCUCUCAAUGCGAGCUACAUGGAGAGAGAUUGACUCUUCUUCCUUUGCCUGCAUCCACUAACAUGUACUGGUUCCCUCAUCAAAACAUUGGUUUUGAUAUCUGCGUUGCGAGGUUGCAUCUUCUUGGUUUCGGCGUGUGUAGCUUAAAAGACAAAGAUGCUUCUUUUGAUGCCUCUGAACAGCUCAUGGGGCCAUUACAAUUAGCUAAAGGAGGAGAGCUUCUCACUAUGAGAUUCACCAACAUUCUUCAUGCUCUUCAGGUUGUUCAGUUCUACCAUUGGAAAGCUUCGGAACUCGUCGAAGAAGAGGACACUGUAAAAGAGGUGGAAGCUAUGUCCCAACAUCAGUUGGAAACUAUCAAUGCCCUGAAAUCAGUUUUCCUGCCAGAUGAGAGCCUAGUUACCACAAUCUUUGGAUAUUCAUGCUCCAACGAGGAUCAGAAAGAUUCACUCGACUCGACUGAUAUAUCUACUUGGGAAGAAUAUACUUGUAAGUUACUCAAUGAGCUAUUAUCAUCAUUGCCUCAAUGGAAAACUUAUCAGACUCUACACAAAGUCGAAUCUGAUCCUUGA